CUACUGCCCUGAAAUAAUUAAGAGCAAUUUCAAAGAUCUAAGGGAUAGCAUAGCGUUAUACCCCUCGUUAAAUAAAAAAUCUCUCUAAUCAACCCAGAUUAACUCCAUAGCGAUGCCAAAGAGAUGACCGGCCCUCCUCUGCAAAUACUCCUCCUCAUAGCCGUCGCCGGCGCGGCGGCGCAGCUGCCUUCAUCGCCUAACGCCGACGAAAGCGGCAGCUCUUCUGGAGGCAACGUGCAGGUAACCUUCCGGCCGAGCAUCGCCGUCGUGAUCGGAAUCUUCUCCAUCAUGUUCUCCCUAACCUUUCUCCUCCUCAUGUACGGCAAGUUCUGUCACGCCAACGGUGCCAACCUCUUCACCACUACCGGCAUCAUGAUCUCAGGUAACAGAAUUCACCGCGAUGAUGGCCGAGCUUCCGGUAUUGACAAAGCGGUGAUCGAAUCCCUGCCCUUCUUCCGAUUCUCCGCGCUCAAAGGAUCCCGUGAAGGUCUCGAAUGCUCCGUCUGUCUCUCCCGCUUCGACGACGCCGAGAUCCUCCGCCUCCUUCCCCGCUGUAAGCACGCGUUCCAUAUGGACUGUAUUGACAGAUGGCUCGAAGCUCACUCAUCCUGCCCUCUUUGCCGUACUCGCGUCGACGUUGACGACAUCGCUUUCUUCAAAUACUCCGCCAGUUCACGUUGCCUCCGCGACCCGACGGGCCUGCCCGCAGCCGAAAUCGUGGAAGAGGGCAGCGAAUCCGGUCUCGAGCUCUACGUCGAGCGCGAGCGCUCCCCAACCGGCGGCCCAAGGCCCAGCUUCCGCUGGGCGGAGAGGCUGAAAUUGGCCGCCUUCGGCAAGCAAGCGGCGCCGCAACACAACUUCAAGCACCGGAUACUUGUUUCCCAAGUAGUCUUUCGGGGCCGAUGGAGCGAUUUCAAUUCGGCCGAUUUGAUCAGUCUUGAUUCUGAGAUGCUGCGCGUGAUAUCGAGCAGGAGAUUUGAACCGGCUGGUUCAGGUCGCUGCGUGAUCACUGAAGCGAUUUCGCCGGAGGUCGCGGCGGAGGGGGUUUCGAGGGUAAAGGAGGAGAUGGAGAGGAAGAGGAGAUUGGAGAGCAAGGCGUUGCAGAUGCAAAUGCCGGCGGAGGACUGUUCGAGUGAGUUCUCGGCUCUAGAGAUGACGGCUUUGAUCUCCCCCGCCAGUAGGUGUAUGUCGGAUAUCACGGCGGCGAGGAGUUAUCGGCCGUCGGGGAGCCAUGGAGAGAAAGAGGAGAAAUUGAGGCAGAUGUGGCUGCCGAUCGCGCGGAAGACGGUGCAGUGGUUUGCCGGAAAGGAGGGGAGAACGAUGAUGAGGCCGGAAGGCGGAGGUGACUGGGAAGAAAACGUUUAGAAGGAUGCCAACUUUGGUUGAAUGAACUGUCAUGAAUCAAAGGAAGAUGCAUGCUUUUUGGUCAAGGGGAUUAGUGGUUAGCUGAAUAAGAUUUGAUCGACAUCAUUUGGGCGAAUUACUGUAAAAAUUCCCUGAUUUUUUUUUUAAAACAAAUGUAGGAGAUAGAUCAUGUGCAGAAACUGUCUUACAGAGCAAUUUACAGAAGAUUUCAGUUUCAGAUAUAUGCCCUCCAAGAAGCAUCUUCGAAUA